AUGGCAGCCCAAAUAGAGCAGUUAAAAUCAACUAUUAGCUCGUUAAGAGAAGACAACGACCGAAUCUUGUCACUCCUAGAUGCCAAACAAAAACAAAAUGCUUGGAUUGUUGUCAAACGUACGAAACAGUCCAAUAUUAACCAAAGCAAAUCGAUCACAUAUCCUUUUCCUGUUGAAAAUAGAUUUGAAAAUCUUCCAGUAGAAGACUGUGAUGGAGAUGAAGCAUUGCCUACAGUUAGCCCUAAACCUACAGAAACAAUCAACACUGAAGCACAAUUGAAAGCUUACCGCAGUAAGCAUAAGAAAAAGUUUGCCGAAUCAAGGAAUGGCAUUUCGAAGGAAGAUGAAGAGCAGACCCACUACAAAAACCGCAAAGAAUCAUUUUCAAGAGCUCUGAUCAUUGGUGACUCAAUGGUCAAACAUAUCAACCCAAAAAGAUCUCAAGGGCAGCCAGAGGGAAAUCUACUUGCCAUUUUUUCAGUGGUGCCAAGUCACAGUCACGAUAGACACACAACACGCAACCACAAUAGAAGCUCAACAGGUGAACAACGAGAGGUGCCAUUGAUACAAUUAGAUUCUGAUAACGAGUCUAUAACAAGCGGUGGAUCUGCAGUUCCAUCACCUGCAAUACCACAAAACUUUAAUUUUCCAACAUCAAGCUUACCGAAAGACAACGAGCUAACGGUGUUGAGUGUUAAGCAACUCAACACUAGACUAAAAGGACUGCCGAGAAAUGUCGUCAAUGACAUAAAGAAAAGAAGACGAACAUUGAAGAAUCGUGGUUAUGCGCAUUCCUGUCGCCUUAAGGAUAUCGAAAUGGGAUACUAG